AUGCCGCUCAAGCAGGCUGGGGUGGGGCCAUACUGUGAGCGAGUGACACAUGGAGCAGGGAGGAUUAGAUAUCUCCUAAUUUAACCUAUUGCCGCUAUGAUGAUUUAUGAUUGGCCAACAACAAGCUACAAGCGCCACUCUCGUGAAAAGCACGAGCAGCAGCAUAAAUUAUAAAAUGUAUCUCUCUAUUGCAGCUGUCGCGUUCGGAUCUUUAGUGUUCCUACCGGAAAGGUCAGUGAAAAUUACACAUACCCGUGACAAUCAUAUCAGAUCCGACCCAGACGCAUGACAUUAUUUCGAAUUCUGGAUCUGAACCUGCUCAGGUCUCGGGUAUUCGGGUACAGGUGAAUCCGUAAAGACCUCUAAUGCUAGCUCCAUCCUGGUGGCUCAGUGGACUAAUUCCAUAGAUCGAGAACUGAAGGUGAUCCAGCAGGCCAUCCACAGCAGGCCCCAGACCAUGGCAGCUCAGUACCUGCAGCAGAUGUACGCUGCCCAGCAGCAACACAUCAUCCUGCAGACAGCUGCGCUGCAGCAGCAACCGCCUUACAGUAGCAGACAGUCCCCCUCCUUACCCUCUGCUGCCAACACCACGGUGCCCCAGUCAACUGGUACCUCUAUCACCCUCCCAGCCUCUCCAGUAACAGGCCAGCUGAUUGGUCAUUCUCAGAGUUCCAGCUCCACCACAGGCACGAUUACCCAGCAGGCCAUGCUGCUGGGGAAUUGCUCUGCUUCCUGUAACCAAGCCCAGAUGUACCUUCGCACCCAGAUGUUGAUUCUGACCCCUGCGGCCACGGUGGCAGCAGUCCAGUCUGACCUGCCUUCUGUCUGCUGCAGCUCCUCUCGACUCUCCACUUCACAGGUCAGCAACCUCCACCAGGGGCAAAGGUCAAAGGUCCACAGCCUUGCUGUGCAGGCCCAUCUCCCAGGGGCUUUGGCCACUGCCCAGAGUGUCCUGUUGAAGCCAUUCUCCACCCAGCCCCAGACGCUGGUCUCCUCUCUGCCCAAGAUGUCCAUCUGUCCCCUGAGGUCCAGUCAGCAGUCUGACACCUCCACAGAAGCCUCUGGAGCUAAGCCUCGGCUGGCUGACAUCACCAGGUUAACAUCAGCAAACCAGCUUAUCGCGCCUGCGUCGUACACUCCUGUCCAGUCCCAUGCUGUGGUCAGGCACCAGCUGCACUGUCCUCCGAGCCAUAAGGGGGCACCCCACCAGCUCAUCGUCCAGCAGACCACAGCAGGAGCCCACCGGCAGCUGCACCCUAUCGCACUGCGCCUCGCACCCCAAGACACUUCACCCUCUCUCUUCCCUCUUACCCUCCAGCCCCUGGCCACUCCCACCCACACCACCACCACUGUCCAAUCCCAGCCUGGCAAUGGCCUUCCAGUCCUCUCCUCAUCCUGUGAGCUGCCCACCCCACCCCCUCCCCAGCAGACAGUGGUAGUAUCCUCAUCAGCCCCUCCACCUCUUCUGUGUCCCAGCCUGCUCCAGCCCCAGCUCCACCGCCAGCCCAAGCCCCCUACCCUGCGUCUUGGCCCCAUCUCCCAGGCCUCUCUCCCCAGGCUGGUCCAGUCUCCACCGGCCUCCCUCCAGAGGUUGUCCCUGCGCUCAGUCCAGGCCCUGGCAGUGCAGUCCACUGGGGUUCAGGUGUCGGAGGAACUGCCUGUGGCAGAGGCACCGGUCCAGAUGCCUUUUCAGAACCAUCACCCCCCCCAGACGUUCCAGAAUCUAUCCCAGACGUUCCAUAAUCUCUCCCCACCCCAGACUGUAGCUGUGGACCUGAAGAUGCUUCCAGCCACCCUACGUCCCCAGACCCUGGAGAGGAGAGAGGAGAUGAGAGAGGAGAGGACGACCCCUCCACCCACACUCUCUCCAUUGGCUUGUUCAGACAGACUCUGUAAAGACAUACAGCUCGCCUUUACAGAGAACUGCACAGGCAGGUUGGAUUUCCCCUGCGUCCCUCCGCCCAGCCGCUCCGUUACCCACUCGUCUCAAGACCCCUCUUACACCAGCUGCUCCCCUCCUCCACUCCUGCCCUCGGCCGCGAUGGGCCGUUCCUCUUUGGGGGCGGACCAGCAGGCCACGCUUCCUGAAGCCCGGGAGGUGAGAACCAAUGGGGAUCCAACACCUGAGAUGAGAACCAAUAAGGAUUCAGCUAUAGAAUUGAGAACCAAUGGGGAUCGAGUGCCAGAGGAGAGCCUGAUGGAUGCUGAGCAUCCAGACAAUGACUCAGACAUGGAUGAUACCCCCACCCAGGACGAACCUGCUGCUGAGAGCUUGGUAGAUGUGCUGCAGUGUGAGUUCUGUGGGAAGAGGGGCUACGUUCACACCUUCCUCCGAUCCAAACGAUUCUGCACCAUGACCUGUGUCAAGAGGUUCAAUGUGAGCUGUACAAAGCGUCUGAGCGUGAUGAAGGUGGACAAGGCCAGUCGUUGGGGCCACAGGCCGAUGGGCCGUAGAGGACGUCCCUCGGGGAGGGUCAACGGGGGCACCAGAGAACACUUCCUCCUCAGACAGGUGCAGGGUCCGUACGGCUCUGAAGAGACCCAGAGAACAUUGAGGGGGGAAGAGGAGGCUGAGGAUGAGCCCCCUGUCCCCAUGAUCACCAGGCUGCGCCGGCAGGAAGAGAGGGAGAGGGUGCAGGAGAGAGAGAGGGAGCAGGGAAGACAGAGGAAAGACUCAUUCAUGUCCUCUGGUGAACAGACCACAGGAGGACAAGAAUGUAGUGACAAUCCAACACAGUGGAGCGUGGGUCAAGUCUGCUCAUACAUCAACUCUCUACCAGGUGGGCGGGACAUAUCAGAAGAGUUCCGUUCCCACGAGAUUGACGGCCAGGCACUCCUAUUGCUGACAGAGGACCACCUGAUGACCGCGAUGAACAUCAAACUAGGACCCGCCCUCAAACUCUGUGCCCACAUCAACUCUCUGAAGGAACCAUGAGCACAGGACGGGGCCCAUCUGGUCAAAAAUAGGGUACUAUAUAGGAGAUAGUGCCAUUUGGGAUGCGAAUGGGAGGAGCACCCUUAUCAGACUUGGAGGAUAUGAGAUUCUAAGAAAUGACACACAAACAAAUAUACUUGCUCUCUACCUUUUAACUCUUUGAGAAGCAGCGAGUUAACUGUUCAUCUGUGUGUCAGUCAUCAUUCCACACAUUAACAACCAUCUAUCAUCGUAGUGAUUGUCGCAAUAAGGCUCAAGGUGGCCUUUUUUCUGUGUUACAUUGUAAGUACUGUACAUGCUGUUUAAACUUAAGUUUAAAGAAUUGUAUUUAAAUGUUUUCAAAAUGUUCAUCUCUGAAGACCGUUUUCCAAGCCUGAGAGGAGUUGGCAUUUAACAAUGACUCGGUGUGUGCCCCAAUGGCACCCUAUUCCUUUUAGUGUGCUACUUUUGACCAGAACCCAUAGGUCUCUGGUCAAAAGUAGUGGACUAUAUAGGGAAUAGGGUGCCAUUUGGGAUGUAUCCAGAUUGACUGAAGUUGCAUAUGAGGAAAUCCACUUCCAACCCGUGCAGCAUAGCAACUGCAGAGCAACCAGGAAGUGCCUUGUGAAUUCCAAGGUUGAUGAGACAUUAGAUCAAGUAACAUGUUUAUUACUGCUGUAAUAAAUACACCAAAAUAUAUAUAAACACAUGUAAAGUGUUGGUCCCAUGUUUCAUGAGCUGAAAUAAAAGAUCACUGAAAUGUUCCAUUCACACACAAA